AUGGCCGCUAGCCAGAAAGCAGCAACGGGGGGGUCGUCGAAGGCGGAAGGAAAGGAAGCAGAAGUCAAAACGGAAGCCAAACAGGGAGGAAAAGCGGAAGAGAAGCUUCCAAAAGGAAAAGCUGGAGGCAAGGUGAAAGAAAAGGGACCCAAAGAACGACUCGCACAGUCGAAAGCCAAAGGGAAGAAGCCGGGACCGAAGUCGGAAGCGCAGAAACCAGGAACACCGGCAGAAAUGAAAAAGCCGAAAAGGAAAGAUAAGGUGGAGAUCAAUUUUCCGCCAAGGGACAAGAUGUUCUACAUCUGA